AUGAGCAACAAAAAGUGGGGGAGAAACCUUCUCUAUGAUGAUUACGAGGAAGACCUAGUAGAUUACGACAAUUACGAUGAGGAACAUUACUCCGAGUUUGAUUGCAAAGAAAGGAUGGACAUCCCGAAGACGAAGGGCAAAGAUAACACCAAAGGGAAGGCACCUGGUAAGAAGCCACAGCGGAAGGAUGAACCCAUCAAGGGGAAGAAGCCAAAGCAGCAGGGUGAACCCCCCAAGGGGAAGAAGCCAAACCGAAAGGGCGAGGCCACUCAAAUGGAGAACCAAGAUCACACCCCUUCGAAGGCCCUCCAGAAUGAGAUCCAAGGGGACAACCAAGCGGACAGCCAAGCGGAAAGCCAAGCGGAAAGCCAAGACAGCAGGUACAUCAUGCUGAGCACGCUGAACAUCCUGGUGUUGGGGCACAUCGACGCAGGCAAGUCCACCCUCAUAGGGGCACUGUUGUACAACUUAAACUACGUAACCGAGCAAACGGUGAAAAAAUAUGAACACGUCAGGGAAAGUUCCAAAUAUACCUUCAUAUUAGACGAGGAGGACGACGAAAGGGAGAGAAACAUAACUCUUUUUAACAAAAAGAAAGAAUUCUAUGUAUAUUACACGAAGGAGGAGUUACUACAAGCCUACAAUCGUGUGGUGAACACUCAGGAGGGAAACACAAAAUGGGGUAUCCCCCAUAACAGAAGCCAAGAAGCCGCAGACGGUAACAACGUCCUGCAUUGUCCUCACACGGACAGAACCAUAUUCACCGAUUUUUACAAAAACAGAGUCGUCCACAGUGAUGUGCUCUUUUUAAGGAAAGUAAACAUUUUUGACACCCCGGGACAUAACGAACUGGUGACAAAUUUGCACACGUGGAGCUUCUUUGCAGACUCUGCCAUCCUAGUUGUCGAUGCAAAGAACAUUUACAGCAAAAAAAAUGAUGAGACGUAUAGAAACGUCUCUAUAUUAGAAGCAGUAGGAAUUUCGAACGUCAUUGUAGCGGUAAAUAAGUUAGACCUCUUCGAUUAUGACCCAGAGGUGUUCCAAGAUAUAUGUAAAACGAUAGAGUCUUUUUUUCAGUCCGCCAAAAGUGACAGCAUUUAUAAUUUUCUUCUUAGUAAUAACUUCUACGUGAGGGGUGGACGCUCGCAAGAAGGCGGUUCUGCUACCACGGAAAGGCAUGCACCAUUUGCACCCAAUGUAACGUUCAUUCCACUUUCUGCGUACAAGAAUUUGAAUGUCGUUAAAUUUGAGGCGGGAGAGGAGAAGAAGAGGCCAUUGCUGAAUAGCACCUUUAGCCUAUACGAUCAAAUUAAGUACAUGAAUUUAAGGAAAGAUUUAUUUCGGCUAAAAGUGUGUGCGGAGGUUCUGAGCGAUCAAAGAACGGCUCUCACAUCUUACUACAAUUUUGUCAGCAACAAUAACCUCUUUUCGAAUAACAUUUUUUGCAACUUUUUCCAAGAUGGGAAGGGAGACAUAACAAAUUCGAUGAAGAAAUGUCCAGACGAAGAAGACACCUUUGUGGGGGUUGUCCAAGACUUCACCGAAUCAAAUAAUAUGAUCAGUGCGAAUAUUAAAGUAUUGCAUGGGUUCCUAAAAAAUAAAAAUAACUACGUCUUAUUGCCCGUUGGGGAAAAAAUUACGGUGAAGAAAAUUGAGAAAGGCGCCCCUUUCUGUAAAUACGUCAACGUAGAUGACCUCUGUGACUACCUAGUCAAUGCAAAGAAUCUUCCUUUCUUAAGGAAGGUCUUAGAAGAAGAAGAGGCCCCCCAAAAAAGUGGUGCCCCUGGGGGAAAUGGUAGCGAUACUGAUACCCUUUUUUGCAGUGCCCACGCUGGCCAAGACGCGUUCGAAUCUUUUAUAAGCAUUUUACCCAAGAUAAUAGCAUCGUGCCCGAUCAGCAAAAAUGCACAUAUAACGAACGACAUCGUAGAAAACGUCUUCUUCAAAGUGGACGAUAACAAGAUAAAGAACGGAUCAGUUUUGGUAAAUAACGCAGCGACCAAUUCGGACAUAAAAAAGGCAGCAACCAAUUUGGAAAUAAAAAAGGCAGCAACCAAUUUGGAAAUAAAGAACGCACCCUGUGGGGCAAAAAACACCACCUUUGCAUGUAACAAGGUCAAAGUAUUAAUAAAAGUGAACCAAGUUAAAAUCCCACUGAUCAUAGGACGAGUCUAUCUUCUCUAUUCCCUAAACUUUUCGCAUAGCGUAACCAUUCAAAAUAUUCUCUAUGUGUAUAAAAAUAAAAGCAGUUCCUUAAGUUAUGACAAGGCAGAGGCGGAUGCCAAAUUACACGUCGAAUGUAACGCAAAUGAUGUAGCACAAAUUAUUGAUUUAAAAAAUUAUGUAAAAAAUGUGAACGUGUUUUACGAAAAAGUGGAUAAUAGAAAAUGCUUACGCAGUGAUGAUAUUGGCGUCAUUGAGCUCCUCCUUAAUGAUAACUCAUUCAUGUGCAUGCAGCACUUCAGGCCUGAAUUAAACUACUACAUCUCGCAGGACAACCCCUUUUUCAGCGUCUACGACCUCCUUUCGUGCAGCAUCUCGCCCCUUUCUCGCUUUAUUCUCGCUGAGGAAAACAGAAUUGUUGCCAGUGGUUUGCUGAUAGGCGGGGCGUGA